AUGUCACAAAACAAUGGACAAUCCCAGAGGUUUUGCCUCCGAUGGAACAACCAUCAAUCCAACUUGCUUGCUGUUUUCGAUCAACUAUUGACGAGCGAGGCAUUUGUAGAUGUGACAUUAGCUGUCGAAGGUCAAAUGCUUCGUGCUCACAAAAUGGUUCUUUCAGCAUGCAGUCCUUACUUUCAGACACUUUUUGUUGGACACCCUGAUAGACAUCCAAUUGUAAUACUCAAAGAUGUUCCACUAGUUGAUAUGAGAUCUUUAUUAGAUUUCAUGUACAGGGGCGAGGUAAGUGUUGAUCAAGAUAGAUUGUCAGCUUUCCUUAAAGUUGCAGAAUCAUUGCGAAUCAAAGGUUUAACUGAGGUCAAUGAAGAUCGUGGAGACUUACCCUCGUUAGCUUCUUCUCUUCUUCAGUCCCACUCAUCGUCUCCGUCCUCUUCUCCAGUACACAACAACCAAAUGGCUCAUGUGCCUCAACUUCAACGCAUACAUAACCAUAGUCCUCUACCUUUGAAAAGACCACUGCCAUCGCAUCCGCUUCACGAUCAACAGCGUCAACAUUUGUCAUACCCGAUGAACCCGCUAUUAGGAUCUGCACUAACUGCACCAAAAAGGAAACGUGGACGCCCCAGGAAAUUAUCUACAGGAAGUAAUUCACCUUCACGACCAAAUGACAAUAAUAAUGAUGAUAGUAGAGCAUCUACACCAGUUGGUACAUGUGCAGGAAGUGGCCGUGAUCCGCCAGAUUUGUUAGAGUUGAACAUGUCUGAAGAAUCAGAAUCUGCUGCAGCUGCUCCUAGACAUUUGGAUUCUCCAAGCCAAGAUGAUCACGAAGACAUGGAAGAAGAGUAUACAGAAAAUGGAAUGGAAAUCAAACAAGAGCCUACUGAACCAGUUCCAGGAACAUCCCAAGAUUUAAGUACGGUGAAAAAAGAAUAUGACACUCAUUCUAGUAUGCAGUUAGACCAAAGCGCAUGUGACAUGCACAAUGCGAACAUGUUAAAGUUGUUGUCUUCGCGGAGUGAUCACGAACACCACUUUAACCAUCACCAAGCAGCGGACGGUGGAGAUCGUGACAACAACAACGACGCUCGCCUGACGCUGGCGGCCAGCUGGUCGGCGAUGGCAGCCGAUCAAAAGUCCAAGUUCUCGCUGGCCGUGUCCCAGCACACGUCCGGCUACAAGCAGCAGCUGCAGGCGGCCCUCGACGAGGAUAAGCGACAGAUACAAGAGUCGCAGCAACAGCUACACCACCACCAGCAGCAGCAGCAGCACCAGCACCAGCAGCAACAGGCGGCUGCGGCAAUCGCCGCCACCGCCGCGGCACUGAGGACGCCCGUCAAGCGGCGCAUCCGGCGACGGGCCACGUCGUCCAGCGACCCGGCCGAGCAACUGACCGAGAUGUCGGUCCGCGGCCUGAACCUGUUCCGGUAUGCCACCGUGUCCGAAGGCAUCUACAAGUGUCUGGAAUGCGCCAAGACGGAUAUACUGAAGACGUUCAAGAACAAGUACAGCUUCCAGCGGCACGCGUUCCUCUAUCACGAGGGCCACCAGCGCAAGGUGUUCCCGUGCCCGGUGUGCGCCAAGGAGUUCUCGCGGCCCGACAAGAUGAAGAACCACAUGAAGACCGUACAUGAGUGCUACAUGCCAAAGGCCAUCGAAUUCCCACAGGUGCCGUUCCUAUUGCCGCCAUGA